AUGAUUGAGAAUUCUUUCUAUGAUUAUUUUCUUGAAAUUAUCAAACAAUUUGGAAAUGCUAUUGCUUUGAUUGAUCCAGAAACCAUGGAAACGUUUACAUAUUUGGAAUUAAUUAAUCAAUCUGAGCAAAUGCGUAAUGCAUUAAUUAGACUAGGUAUUCAAUCUGGUGACACAAUUGGUACAUAUGUCAACAAUUCUUCUCAUUAUAUCAUUUUUAUUUUAGCUGCUAUUAGCAUUGGAGCUAUUUUGGUACCAUUGAAUCCAUCAUAUAAAAUUUAUGAAAUUGGAAAAUAUUUCAAGAAAACUUCGGUUAAAUGGAUAUUAACAGAAGAAAAACUAUUUGAAAAAAUUCAACAUUUAAAUGAGGAAAAUAUAAAAGCUAAGAUUAUAAUGCUUGAUUCAACCAAGGAAACUUUAUUAUAUUACACUUUGCAAUGUUAUUUGAAUAAUGGUAAAUCAUUUUGGAAUAAUGAAAUGAUAAAUGCCAUUCAAAACAAACUUAUUUACAAUUAUAAUACAGCAAUAAUUUUCUUUUCGUCCGGAACAACCGGUUUGCCAAAAGGAAUCCGUUUAAGUCAUCGAACACUUAUUGCUAAUGUUGAAUUAGUCCGCAAAGCUCAAGGAAUCAAAUGCGCAGAAUAUGAAAUGGUUAGUCUGAGCGGUACUGACGUGGUGUACGGUGUGCUACCGUACUUUCAUGCAGGUGGUCUGCUUACUGUUUUGAGCCUUUUAGGAUUAGGUGUUCAAAUAAUUAUAAAUCGAAAAUUUGACGCUGAACAAUUUUUGGGAAUACUAAGAAAUUAUCAGGUGACAACAGCUUUAUUAGUACCACCGGUACUAAAAUUCCUUGCGGACACACCCAAUUUAAAUCCUGAAGAGUUACAUUCUCUAAAACACAUUUUCGUAGGAUCAGCUCAUGUUAAUGAGUCACUGGUCGAAAUGGUAAAAUAUCGCUUAUCUGAAACGAAUAUUAUUCAGUUAUAUGGUACAACAGAAGCUGGUGCUUUCGUUUUCAUGCAACCGUUAUUUGGGGAGAAAAAAAUUGGAAGUUGCGGAAUUUUAUUACCAAAUGUUGAAUGCAAAAUUGUAAAAUUAUCAAGUAAUGAAGAAUGUGAAGAAAAAGAAAUCGGUGAAAUAUGGUUAAAGACAUCAACAAUGAUGCAAGGUUAUCUCGAAAGAAUCGCCGACACAAACGAUGCUUUUAUUAAUGGUUGGUAUCGAACAGGUGAUUUGGGAUAUUAUGAUUUCGAUCAAUUUAUUUAUGUAACUGGUCGUGUUAAAGAAAUGAUCAAAGUUCGCGGUUGGCAGGUAUCACCAUAUGAAAUUGAGGAAAAAAUUCAAGAAUUAGAAGAUGUUGAAUUAUGCGCUGUAGUUGGCAUUCCUGAUGAGUACAGUGGACAAUUACCGAAAGCUUACAUUCAACUUCAUGAUGGAUGUCAACCAGAUGAAAAUAAAAUUCAUCGAUUAGUAAAUUCUAAAUUUGCGAGUUAUAAACAACUCAAAGGUGGUAUUCAGUUUAUCAAUAAUAUGCCAGUUAAUAGUGCUGGAAAGAUAUUACGAAAAGAAUUGCUGAAAAUGGAUCAGACAGAAGAUAAUUUAAUUGAAUUAAAAUAA